GCCACGUGACCGGCGUACGUCACGCCUGCGCUAGGAACUACAAGAUGGCGGAGAGUGCGGAACUGAAGCAAAUGGUGAUGAGCCUGCGAGUAUCUGAGCUGCAGGUUCUCCUGGGCUACGCUGGGCGGAAUAAACAUGGCCGUAAGCACGAGCUGCUGACCAAAGCGCUGCACCUGCUGAAGGCCGGCUGCAGUCCAGCAGUACAGAUGAAGAUUAAGGAACUCUACAGGCGUCGUUUCCCCACCAAGCUGGUGUCCCCAGCCGAACUGGCCCUGCCAGGGGUCCACCCUGCUACUUCACUGCCCGCAGGCCUCACCCAACUGGCCUUCGAUGGGCACGGGGCUGCCCCGUCCCCCCUGCUGCCAAUCUCGCUCCUGGGACCCAAACACGAGCUGGGCCUGCCGCACCUUCCCUCCAACCUGCACCCCGUACAUCCAGACGUCAAGCUGCAGAGACUGCCCUUCUACGAUGUGCUGGAUGAGCUCAUCAAACCCACCAGCCUUGCUUCAGACAACAGUCAGCGAUUUCAAGAAACAUGUUUUGCUUUUGCAUUAACGCCACAGCAAGUCCAGCAAAUCAGCAGCUCAAUGGACAUCUUGGGGACCAAAUGUGACUUCAUGGUACAAGUACAGUUACGGUUUUGCUUAUCAGAAACCAGCUGUCCACAGGAAGACCACUUUCCUCCUAACCUGUGUGUAAAAGUGAAUGGGAAGCCAUGUAAUCUUCCGGGCUACCUUCCUCCUACCAAAAAUGGAGUUGAACCAAAGCGUCCCAGCAGACCCAUUAACAUUACCUCACUGGUCAGACUGUCCACCACCGUCCCCAACACCAUUGUGGUGUCCUGGACAUCCGAGAUUGGAAGGAGUUACUCUAUGGCGGUGUAUCUAGUGAAGCAGCAGUCGUCUACAGCCCUGUUACAGAGACUCCGUUCCAAGGGCAUCAGAAACCCAGACCACUCCAUAGCUCUCAUCAAAGAAAAAUUAACAGCCGACCCUGACAGUGAAAUUGCCACAACCAGUCUGCGAGUGUCGUUACUCUGUCCGCUGGGGAAGAUGCGGCUGUUGAUUCCAUGCCGGGCGGUGACGUGUUCACACCUGCAGUGUUUUGAUGCCACACUCUACAUCCAGAUGAACGAGAAGAAGCCCACCUGGGUGUGUCCUGUCUGCGACAAGAAAGCCCCCUACGAACACCUCAUCAUUGAUGGGUUGUUUAUGGAGAUUCUGAACAGCUGUCUAGACUGUGAUGAGAUUCAGUUUAAAGAGGAUGGGAGUUGGGCCCCCAUGAGGUCGAAAAAGGAGGUACAGGAGGUGUCUGCUUCAUGUAACGGCGUAGAUGGCGGGUGUCGGACAUCAGCUUCAGAUCAGAAAUCCAACUCGCACACGAACAGCAACAGUAAGAAAGUAGAGGUGAUCGACUUGACUCUAGACAGCUCGUCUGAGGAUGAGGAGGAUGAAGAGCCCCCUCCAAAACGAAGCUGCCCCUCUCUCUCCCCCACCUCCCCACAAAUGAAUAAGGGAGUGUUAAAUCUGUGUACGCAGCCAUCUCCUGUGAGUCGAACUCCCAGCAUGCCUCAAGUGGAGACCAACUACAUCCCCCCUCCACCACCCCUCAUACAGGACUACCGUCACUACUAUCCUACUCCCAAUGACCUGUCAGAUCUGAACUUUUUCUCCUUUUUACAAGGAGAGAAUCAUCAGCACUAUAACAUGGUGAUGGCAGCGGCUGCCUCAGCGUCUGAAGACCAUGAUCUCCUCCUGAACCGUUUCCUGCCGUACAGCUCUUCUCAGCUCUUUCUGGACCCCCCUAGUACCCCAGUCAGCAGCAGCGCCAUCCAUGCCCCUGUUAACGUCAAUCGCAGCAACAGCAGCAGCUCCAGUGGCAGUCUGGUGUCGUCCAGCAGCCUGCGGGAAGCCCACGGUCUGCCCACCGUACCCCGUUCUGCCUCCGACACGGCCAUGGCCUCAGCCAUAUAUGGUUCCAUCCCGGACGUUAUCUCCUUAGAUUGAUCCACGUUCACAUACUUCAGCGCCAAACAGACUGAGAGACGCUCAACGUUGGCAGGAAAACAGUACAAAAGACCCAGAUGAGGAAAGCAUGGGUUUUUUGUUCGAUUUUCCAAAACAGUGAUGACCGUUGCCGUGUACAGAGAACAAAUAUAUUUUCAGUUUUACUUUUUGUAUAUAUAAACUCGAAAGACAUUUUUUUCCUAUUCUGCGAAUAACGAAGGGGUUUAUCUUGUGUUUGUUUUGUUCUUCCAAGGAAAAAAAAGACUCUUGAUUUCGUCACAAAUCUUGAUUUUGUUGUCCCCUUGAUUAUACUGCUAUUAUUAAUAUUUUGUAUCUUUUUAGAUAAUUUUUUUUUGGCUACAUUACAUUCAGUAUCGUUUCUAAUUCCUCGUCAAAGGUGCAACCCUCCCACACAAGGACUUCAUUGUCCUUUAGCCAGUUUGGUUGUCCACGUCUCCAGAUGAACCCAGACAUGCUUCUCUGCUCAGACUGACUCUCUUGAGCUGGCAGUGUUCUUCAAUUCGCAGAUGGUUUUGUAAUACUUUUAAAUUAUAUGAAGUAUAUGAACUGUUAACAAGCAUUCCUUUACCUUCAGGAAUAUGCGACGGGGAACGGAUUAAUGAUGAUUGACUGCCAUUAUUAUAUAUUUUGUUCUUAAUCACUUAUUUAUACUUUAGAGUAGACGGAUUGUGCUCUACUUGUACUGUCACGUGUCCGUCUUAGGAACUAUCUUGAUUGAGAAUUAGUGUGAAACUUCAUCUUUGAUUUCUCAGACCACUUUCUUUUUUGAUUGCACAAUGCCAAAAGCAAUGCCACAGAAAGUCAUACUUUCUUUCUCGCUUACUUAUUGCUUGCUGUCUCGUUUGCUUGAUUCAUGCUUUAUCUGUGACUCAUUUUGUGUAUUUCUCUCUUUUUCUUUUCUACAGAGGUUCCACACUGUGCCAGCCUGAAAGGUUUUUGUGUUUCUGAUGAAAAAGCUUGGUUAGUCUGAGUGAAAAACUAAGAAACAGGACCUAGUUGUGUCUUAACUGAUUCCAUUUUGGACUAUAGAGUAUUUUAAAGCUUCAGUAUUUUUGACCCUAAUCUCUGCCUGCUGCAUCUCGAUGCACUCAGUGGACAGUAAUAUUCCUAUACAUACAAAUGAACAAAAAUCUUCAGCAACUGCUCACUGGCAUCCAUUAUGAGCUAUAAGCGUAUUUUGAGGCAACAGGAUUUCUGUUUUUCACUGAGGACAGGGAAAUGUGUUGAAAUUAUUGUUUAAAGUAGCUGACCAUAGAUUAGGAUGGACAUUUAACUCAAAUAUGAUACAUAAGGCAUUAUGUGAAAAAUAAUUGAAUAAUAACACACCAAACUCAUCAGGCAGAUGCUACUAAAGAGAGGAUCAGGAUAACUCUAAAGUCUUGAAGAUAAAGAGAUAAAUGCUGUUUAUAACUCAGCUAAUGUUACUACCCAAGUCCCAUCAUAACGUAUUGCAUUACAUAACAUUUAGGUUCCCUUAACCUUUAUCUAGAUACAGUAAUCUGUCUAUGUUUCCCUUUUAAGAUGAAACAGAUAAGAAACUCUGAAGUUAAUGGCUCUAUGUUGCCCUCUGGUGGAGUACAAAGUUCAGACAUCUCAUAGUUCUUCUGUAUGAGAAUUACAGAAAGAGCAACUAAUUCCUCAGGCUAGAGAUGCAGCUGAUGAGCUUACGUUGAAAAACACUGGAGUGUUCCUUUACCCCCACUUACGCACCCUCCAAGUCAAUUCAGUGUCCUGUUGGGUGUUCAGUGUCUGGAGUCUUGCCGCAUUUUCCAAAAGACGCACAGGUCUUUUAAAACCACUCUUCAUUAUCUUUUCUGCUAUUUCUAAUGACUAGUAUUGAGUUAACGGUAACUCGUGACCUUCACAACUGCUCCCAUCCACAAAUGGAUUUGACCUUCAUAAUAAAUAAGUAGAUAAGCUAGAAACCGUAUCUACUCAAAGUGCUUCCAGGUUAAACAUUGUGGCUUUCAAAAACAGACAGUUUUAUCAACAGAACUGCCAUGAACCCUCCUUUUUAUAAACCACUAAAACUGAUUCAUCAAAGUAGAAGAGAGAGAAAAGGCCUACUUCAAAGUGUCUCUCUCAGAAUAUCAAAUAACAUCCUGACCUGGAUGUGCAUGACUGUUUCUUCACAGCUCGACUCUCUCUGAGUUAAAAAGAAAGAUAUAUUUAUUUAAUGAGUGAUUUUAAAUUAAUAAAGGUAAAAGGUAACUGUUUUGGCCUGUGAGGAUUCAGACUAUUUAAAGCCUUCAAUCAGCCUGCCUGUGUGUUUGUGUGUGUGUGUAUGCGGUCUGUACUGAGUAACUUGAGUUUUCUGGGCCUAAGCAGUGUCCAGAUUUUGUCCCAAAGCCUAAUUGCAUUUCUGACUGAGAUAAUUAUGAUAGGAUCAUUAUGUCCUUAUUUAGCCUCCGUAGUGUGGCUGACUGACUCUCUUUCUCUCCGGACAAGAUUUAUUCUAGGUGCAUAAAAUACCGCCAGUAUUUUCAUGUGUUGUUGUUCUACACUGAAAACAUGCGUUAGUUUAUUUGAUUCAAACAUAAUUUUCGCAUACAGGUAUUACAACACAGCUGAAUCAUUCGGUGACCUUAUUUUGUUGAAAAUUGUGUUUAUGUGGUAGAUUUUCUUCAUGUGCAAAUGAAUGUACACUACUGUGUAAAAGUCAGAGACCGCUCUUCAUUUAUUUAAGUCCUCGUCAAAACAGCCAUGAAAGACUUAUUUAUUUUUCAUGUGUUUCAGAUAUUUGUGAGGUGAUUAUAUACACAACAGUCUACUUGUAUAAAGAGCUUUCAAAUCUAGAGUACAAUAAAUUAUUCAAAGAUAUAAAGAAAAUGGGACGGCAAGAUCCGCCAAGAAUUGGUAGACCAGCAAAGCUGCCCCCAUCAGAUAAACAGUAUUUCAAGCUUUCAUCCUUGAGUGAGAGGAGAAAAUCAUGCUCCACUCUUACUACAGAUCUGAAAAAAAUCCACAGGUGUUUCUGUCCAUCCCUCCACGGUGA